AUGAAGGCUCAGAAUUUUAACUAUGGAGACUUUAAGUAUAAUAGUAUAUUAAACGCUGGAGAAAAUAAAAAGAUGCUUGAAUUUAAAAUUUAUAAAUCUUUUGCUAAACUUCAAGAGAUAUAUAUUCCAGAAUUGUUGUUUUAUGGUGAUUUGACAAGUGGAAUGAGCUUUGUUAUGGGUAUGUCCAUGGUUAGCACUACGUUAAGUCAUCAUAAAAUAGAUAAAAGGCAAAAGAAGAGGGUUCUCAGAGCAUUAGAUAAGAUUCAUGAUUAUAAGAUUCUUCACAAUGAUAUUCGUGAGAAAAAUAUCCUGGUUGACGAAAAAGGAUAUGUGUAUUUGACCGAUUUUGGAAUGUCAAUUCGAAAUGAUAAUGAGGAGCUGUUUA